CGUGCGUCCGUUUCCCCCCUCGCCACUCAAAGCAUCUCAAGUUUUCUGCAGACGAGGGGCAAUCGCUCGGCUUUGCGAAUUAACGCUUCUGCAGCUCGUCGAGGUCACUUGCGCCGCUCUUCAGCUCCGCCGCUGCGACCUUGCCGAAAGGGCCGCGGAUGCCAACGCUGGGCUCGUUUACCGCGACCCUGCCGACCGCCUGCAACACUGCACUGAAAUAACGCACAUUCCUCACCCCACUUCGUUUGCAUCACCGGCUGCCGAAGAAGGGCCAGAUGUGAAGACCAGGUUUUCCAAAGCCAUCGCUUUGCACGCUUCCGUGCUGAAGAGACUCGAUGCAUCUCCUGGCAGGGGCCCAACAUUGCGCAGACGAUGGACUUUGGCGAGGAGCCCAGUUGCGCAAAAUUUUGGCGUCUGCCAUCUUUGAGAAGGCGCCAGCCGACGGGUGCGGGGAGCGAUGGCAAUGAGAAGACGAUGGUGCCAGGUCAUCCUCCCUCUGGACGUACCGCAGCACCCCAUCCAUCUGCAGUCGCUCGUCCGCUCGGUACAAUGAUCAGCGUCUGCCUGCGCACAGCGGAGCACAUCCCCGACCUACCUGGCACACCCGGUGGACCUCAACGCCUGUUCCCACCCGUGGCACAGGCGCGCAUACAAGCGUGCUUCAGGGAGGCGAACGCGGAUCUCUCAACGAAGCCGAAGCACUGCAAAGUCGGGUUCGAUAAUACGACGCGCCCGAAGACUGCUGCGGCCAUCAGCCUGUCAUUUAUGCCCCCAAGGAAUCCCAGUGAUCUGUGCCUAGUCACUGCAUGGCCUUGUUGUGAAGGACGAAGGAGAGCAGGCCGCACUUUUCGACUUUUCGCACGAUGGUUCGGACAAGGAGGAGUCGGCGAAGCAGAUGAAUAUACCUUGCAUGUCAGUUGGCGAGUCGUCGGACGCCGCGAAGUACGAAGAACACGGGCUGGCAGCCAAGUCGGCUUUCCAGAAGACCAGGAUGUCCCAAGAGUCCGCAUCUGAAUCUGACGUGACCAUACGCCAUGACCGCUGGAAUGUGCACAUGACUCGAUGUCACCUCGACAGUUUCCGAUCCGCAGUUGCCGAUUGAGGAGAUACCGCUCGAGUUCUUCGACCCUUCUCAAUCAGUCUUUUUCGUCGUCCGCUGCCUGUGGUCGGUGUUUCUAAUUUCCGAUGCAACUGGUGAAAUCGAUAUCGCGCCUGCUCAGUUCAGAUGAUACAUGCAUGCAUUGGAACAGUCAGCGAGUACAGUCUUAUCUUAACAGACGUCAGUUCAUGGACUAAACUCCAAGAUGAGUGUUGGCCAACUGAGAAACGAGAGAUCGCACCUCCUCGGCAACCCGAUACUCUUCUCUUCGUCCUCGUCUUCGUCCUCGUCCUCGUCCUCCGCGGGAUCGUCGUCCGAACCUCGUGGCCACAUUGACCACCCAUCUCGCCCCAAAGCCAUAGCAACAAGUUCCGCCCCGGCGAACACAACUCCCGUGCACAGCGAGGUGGCGAUCAGCACCGAUAGCGGCGACGUAUGCGCGAGGGCUGCGGCGAAUCGGAGGGACGCCGUGGGAAUGAGACUAGUGCAGUAGUAGCACUCGCUCGGGAGCUGGGCGCAUUUGAAUAGGAGCACGCCAAGCGCAAAUCGGACGAGUGCGAGGAUCCCGAGCAGCGUCGAGAACGCGAGAACGCUCGUAAGGGCCAGUUCGUACAGGACGGCAUACACCAGCGAGGAGCGUCGGGUGCGUGCCGUGAUGUCCGCCGCGGGCGAGGUGAACGUCGGGAAGUGGGCGACGCUCAUGAGGUAUGGGAGCCGGGGAAGGUCGGCUUCGAACGCGGAUCUCCCAUCCUCUAAUAGCGUGCGGUGAAACGUAGGCUUUACUUGGGUUCCUCGGCGAACGACUGACGGUCCAUGAGACCGGCCUCGUAACGCUGCCAAGGGACUCGGAUGCGCACAUGAUUCCGAAAGACGAUUCUCGCACGGGAUACCGGUCAAAGCUCGGUACGGGUUACCGUCCUGAGAUGACAUGGUCACCGACGGCGUAGUAGCAUGCGUAUUGAUCCGAUCAUGAACGAUGCAUUUAUAGCAGCUUCAGGUUGGGCAGCCUCAAGUUGCAACUUCGCAAGGCUAUCUACUUGCCUACGGCCGUUGAACAUGUCAAACGUGACGGGCGGUGGCAGCUGUUGAAUAUGCUGGCUCGAUAUGAUUGUGGCGGAACUAAGGCCGUAAUUCUAUCCCCGGGAAGCACACCCGGAGUCUGUAGCAGUCUGGCCUUCGUAGAUGGGGAAGACUCAACUGAUAAAUGUAGUAGCUGCUAUAUACUAUGCAAAAAC